CCGCCUCGUCGUCCGCGAGCAUGGACGCAAACGAAGCUCUCGAGGCACUCUCCAAUCUCCUCACGACCCUGUCUGAAAACCCGUAUGAUCUUGAUCUGCACGCGCAGCACAUCCGGCUCGCCGACGCCAGUGGCGACGCCGAGCAAGCGGUCGCUGCGCGUGAGAUGAUGACCGCGUACUGGCCCGCGGGCGACGAGGUCUGGCUCCCUCUGUUACGCGCGAAGCGGCAAUCGGUCAACGUUGAGACUGCAGAAGGAAUCCCGGACGUGCUCGCGCUUUACGCCGUUGCGGAAGACGACUACUUCUCUGUGCCUGUGCUGCAAAGUCAUCUCGAGUUCCUCACGGAGACGUUCGAUCACUUCCGGCAGCAGACUGAGAGACCGGAACCGCUGGGAGAGUUGUUCACUUCAUCUUGGACGCGCCAAGCUGUCUCGGAGGUGGUGAGCAAAGGCUCGGGUCAUCUCAUCAAGAGUCACGUAUUAUGGGAUGCCGCUAGGGACUGGGCUACGGAUGCUCUCGAGAAUGCAUCCGCGGAAGAAAAGCAGGAUUGGAUAGACUACCUUGAAUCUCUGCACAAAGCACGCCUUCAGCAACCUCACUCUAAUCACGAGGAGACUUUCCAGUCAUACUCUUCCUUCACGACCAAUCACAAGCCACCGCAGGACUACGAAUCCACCCUCGUCGCUGCCACGAAGCUCCGCGGCCGUGCGACCAAGAACUACGAACGGAGAGAAAGGCUUGAAAACGCUGUUACCUCCAGCAACAACUCGCUCCACGCGUACGCUGAAUAUAUCACGUACGAGCGGCGUGCUCGUUACCUAGAUCUGCUCGUGGCCUCGGGCGUCUUCGAACGCGCCAUCGCCGAAGCGGCGAAGCGCCGCUUUCAUGGAGAAGCCGAGGGGGAGCCAGCGCUGCGCGCGUUCUGGGCGCAGUACCUCGAUACUCUGAGAAGUUCCCAGGUGGCUGACGCGUCGAAGAUGCUCGAGGCGGCGAAGAGGGCGGUCAGGAGCGUUCCGGCAUCGGGAGAAGUGUGGGCGCGGUACAUCCGGCUCAUCGAACGCGUUUCCAGCGCACCUUCUGACGGGAAUGGAGCUGCCAUGCAGCCUUCCGAGAGCGUAUCCGAUGUAUACGCGAAAGCACUCUCGACAAAUCUCGUGCAGCAAGACGUAGAGCAGAUUAUACCACUGGUCUUGGCGCGAGCUGGAUACGAAGCGAGGCGCAUCGAAAGCGGGAGUGCGGAUGAGGAUACACCCGGUAUCCUCGUACAGACCCUUGAAGAUGGCAUAAAUAUGGUCCGCAAAGCGUCCCCGGACGGAGAUCCUCGUCUCAGGUUGGAAAAGUACCUCGCGCAGUUUUACGCGAGCAUCGUCGAUUUGCCCGAAGCAGCACUGGAAGUCUGGAAAGGUGCUACGAAGCACUACAAAAACAGUUAUAUCGCUUGGACGGCGUACACCGACCUUCUCGUCAAGCAACAUGACUACGAGACGGCUCGCGCUGUCUUCAGCGAUGUCUGCUUGAAGAACUUGGACUGGCCCGAGGCAAUCUGGGAAGCGUGGCUGAGCAUGGAACAUCUGCAUGGAUCGUUGGAGCAACUUGAAGCAUGCAUGGAUAAGGUGGAGCGGGCGCAGUCCAACGUCAACUUCAAGAGGGCAAAGGAGGCAGAGAAGGCGUCAUAUCAAGCGCUGCAAGUCGCCAUGGAACAGGCGGCCUCCGUACCGGUGGCAGAAGUCAUCCAUCCGGAACAGUAUGUGGAGGCGCCGAUGGACGUCGAUUCAGCUCCGAGUAUUCAUAUUGCGGAGUCGAACGCAAAGCGAAAGGCUGAGGAUCAGCCGGACGCAGAAAGCAGCAAGAAGCCGAAGUUGGACACUACACCGGCGCAGCUGAAGAGGGACCGCGAGAACUGUACUAUCUUCGUCGCUGAUCUACCAGUAAACACCGCGGAAGGCGAUCUAAAGGCAUUAUUCAAAGACUGCGGUGGCAUCCGGGAUAUCAAGAUCACGAAAUUGCCUAAUGCUGUAGUGGCUACCGUCGAAUUUAACGAACGAGAAAGCGUUCCCGCAGCGUUGACCAAGGACAAAAAGCGCAUUCACGGAGAAGAAAUCGCGGUGCACCUCGCUUGGCAGUCGACGCUUUACAUCACCAACUUCCCCGAGGGCACGGACGACCAGGCUAUCAGGGGGUUAUUCUCCAAGUAUGGCACUAUUUUCGAUGUUCGUUGGCCCUCGAAGAAGUUCAAGAGCACACGACGAUUCUGUUACGUGCAGUUCACCUCUCCGGACGCUGCGAAAGCUUCUCUGGAGCUGCAUGGUCGCGAGCUAGAGCCAGGCAUGCCCUUGAGCGUACUCAUCUCGAAUCCCGAACGGAGAAAGGAGCGGACUGACGCGAACGCCGACGAUCGGGAGAUCUACGUUGCCGGAUUGAGCAAGUUCGCGACCAAGGCGGAUUUGGAGAAGAUCUUUAAGACAUACGGUACAUUGAAGGAUGUCCGGAUGGCGCUUGACGAUAAAGGCAAUUGCAAGGGUUUCGCCUUCGUCGAGUUCGAGGAUGAGAAAUCGGCAUCGGCAGCCCUUGCUGCGAACAAUCAUGAACUGAAAAGCCGCCGUAUGGCCGUUACCUUGGCCGACUCCCGCUUCAGGGCGCGCAACCGCGAGGAGGGCGCAAGCACCGGCUUAGGCAAACGUGCGGAAGCCCGGAGCCGCUCCCUGCGUGUUCGCAACCUACCCGACGGCACCCAGGAAGGCCUCCUGCAACAAGCGCUAGAGAAACAUGCUCGUGUCAAGCGAGUCGAAGUCUUCGAGGGCCGUAACGAAGCUGUCGUCGAGCUCGAAAAUGCCGCGGAAGCAGGGAAGCUUAUGCUUCUUGUGGAACCAAUCAACUUCAAUGGUCAAGAACUCCAAUUCUCUGAGGAUCUACCACCUCCCAGAGGCGCUGCAGGCGCUCGAGGCAAAGCAGCCAAAGCCCCCGCUGGCUUGUUUGUACCGCGUGCUGCAGCAUCUCGGCCACGCGCAGGGCUUGGUCAUGCACGGCGGCCUGCGGGUGCUACCGCAUCUGCUGGAGCUGGUGCGCCUGCAUCGCAGCCGCAACCUCCCAAAGGACAAGAUGAUUUCAGGAAGAUGCUGGGUUAGAGAUGCUGGUCCAUGUCGGUAGAUUGCAGAGGAGAUUUUGAUUGGACACCACCUAUUGAUCAACC